UCCCAUUGGUCUGGGUGAGGGCUCCAGGCUGGCGGGAGGAGGCGGCGGCUGCUGCGCGGAGUGUGACAGCUUUGCAGCGGCUGAGCGCAGCCUGAGUCGCCGGCUGCUCAGCGGGAGAACCUCCUCCUGCUCCUCUCUGAUCUCCCCACAGAUAUUAUUCAUGCUGCCGGAUAAAGAAAAGCGUUAAAAGAAAAAAAUAAAUCCUCCGGGGUCGUGUUUGUGCGAUGCCUGAGCCGGGACCUGAGCGCACGGAUGCGCACUGACCCGCAGCGUCGCUCCGCUGUUGGCACGUUGUUCCUCCGGCGCGUCCUCGAUCCACCUGCCCGAGCGCGCCCGGCACCUGCAGGAGCCCAUGGAGGGAUGUCGCGAUGCUGUGCUCACGGAGAACUAAAACUUUGGUGUCGACGUGCGUGAUCCUCAGCGGCAUGACCAACAUCGUGUGCCUCCUGUACGUCGGCUGGAUCACCAACUACGUGGCCAACGGCGGCCACAAAGUUGCGGAGAGCGGCGGCGGCGACGAGGCGCAGAGAAAGUUGGAGGAGGACGGUAAAGGAGAAACCCUGAGGAUUAUGGAGAGACUGGACCGACUGGAGAGCGUGGUCAACGAGCACAUUAAAGCAGGUCUCCGGACCGAGAAGACACUUUCCGUCUUCGGCAGGUUGACGUGGAAACAGCCUGAACUCUGCUCGGACAUCAGUUCGUACAGAGGAGGUCAAACAUUCGUGGAUUAAUCGUCUCACAGGACAAAAGAGAAAACGUUUCAUGAGGACUUAAGUUCCCGCACAGACACAGCAUCAAAUCCACUGACAGCCAGUGUCCCAUUUGAAUUUGUAUUUGUAUCAUCGCCCCAUUUUCAGCCUCCGCUGGGCAAAUCUUAAAGUCCAGCCUAAAUUGAGAAAUCAGAUUAGGUCGUUUGUCUGAACAACAGUAAUCAGGUCAGAGCUGGACAAACGUUUCCUUCCGGGUUAGUCUGUUCACUGUCAGUUCUGUUCAUUGACCACAAUAGUUUUCUGUCUGGCUCCUCCAUAUUUUAAUUAUCGUCCUCAGUGAGUCAACAAAUUGAAAAAGUGGGACAAACUCUGUCUUUAUCCUCAGAUAAAUGGGACAUUGCAUGAUCCUCCAACUGAAUGUAGGAUUUAGGGAGAAAUAUGCAGUGAGACGAUUAACGCUGGAGCCGAAGGGGAUAGUGACACUCAGAUGAAGUAAUA